AAACAAUUAAUAUUUGGAUAUGAGAACAAAUUUUUAAGACCACUCCAUCUAUUAGCUUUUUUAACGGAGUUUUUGUCACCCAGUAGUUUCACUCAUCCCUAAGAAUCUACCGAUGCCAUUGACCAGCAAUGGGUCAUCGUUACCAUCAAGAGUGUCAUCACUAUUAUUGAAACCCUUCUGUCCAGGCGUGCAAAAAACAACAUUUAAGCCCGAAAAGCAAGGAAAUUGCCGUUCUGUGGCGGGAUUCCAAUAGCAUGCAUGGACACUAGGACUAGCCACCUCCAGCCAAAGCGCAAUGACGGAGAAUACAGAGAAAGCGGCGGGGGUGGAGCCGCCGCAACUGGCGGAUUCUCAACCAAAUCCUCCGGAACAGGAGACAAUUAAGGUGAAGAGCGAGCAACCGGACGCGGAAGUGGAGGCGAAGCUCCGGGCCCUGAAUGCCAAGUUCAAGGCGGACGCAAUGGCCCCGCGAGAGAAGAGCAACAGCAAUGAUCUGCGCAACGAAACGGAUGACAGCGAGAGUUCCAUCUCGACGGAGGACAAGAAGGCGAUUGAGCCGGUGAAGUCCUCCAACGAGAUCCUGGCAGAGCUAUUCGGCGUGUUUAAUGCCGCUCCUCCAGAGGAACUAUUAGACGACAAAAAUCUGCUUAAGAAAAAAAAGAAGGUCAAGAAGGAGAAGAAGGAUAAGAAGGAAAAGAAGGCCAAAAGGAAGAAGCCCUCCAGGUCGGAUGGCGAAUGCAGCGACUCUGAGGCGGAGGGCAAGCACAAGCACAAGCGGAAGAAGCACAAGCACAAACACAAAGAAGGCAAAGACAAGGAUCGGGAUAGGGACAAAUCGAAGGAGAAGGUUGUACCAGCAGUUGUUCCCGCUGAGAAGGAGAAAGAAAAGUCUGAGAACAGGAAGCGGAUCGCUGUGGAUUCUAUUAAUCAGGCGGAUUCCCAUCCUAUCAAGCGGGAACGGCAUGAAAGGGACAAGGAACGCGAUCGGGACAGAGAAAGGGAGCGUGAAAAGGAGCAUGUCCGCUCCCACAACAGCUUUUACAAUGGCCACCGGGAAUCGGAUCGCUCGAGAGGAUCGGAAACUACCAGGACCAAGUCACGGCAGGCGCGCGACCUCUCCGAUGUCUCGCUCUCCGACGAGGAGUCCUACCUUCGUGAAAAGGCUUCAAAUGGCCGGCGGCGACUCCACAACAGCUUUUACGAUGGCAAGGAGGACCCCAAGGAUUCACCCAAGCGAAACGAGCGCGUAUCUAACUCCCGAAAUAGUCGUAGGUCAAGAUCACGCUCCCACGAGCUUGUGAUCGACAAGAAGCGUCUGCUGGAGAUCGCGCGCAAGAACGCCAUCACAAUGUUCAAGCGAGGAACUCUGCCUGGCGUGGCCGACAUGACGCCGGAGAUCAAAGACAAGGUGCUGGUCAAGAUGCGCUACGGUGGACGCACUGUUCAAGAUUUGACCGACUUCUGUAAGAAGAUCUCCAACGGCGAUGGACUGUCAGAUCUAAGCUCCGAUGAAGAUUCCGAUGUGGACAAAAAUGGCAAUGCUAAGGCUUUUCAUCAUCCCUUUCAGCUGAAGGAGAGAGAGCCUAUUGUGAUGCAUAUAAGAAACUCCACGGCGCUGGUUCCAGCACAGCCCCGGCAGGACGACCAAACGAAGGCCAUAACCAUGCAAUUUCCGGUGUCCUCGGGGCAGACCCAUCGCAUGAACGAGGUGUGGGUGCCGGUGGAGCGCAAAGAUUCGCUGGUGCCACUGCCAUCUCUACCGCCGGCCAAGCAGGCAACAAAUAUGUUCAAGGAAACACCGAAGAACGUCUUCGCCAAGUCGAUGCCUUCGCAGGAGCAGCAAGAGCCCGCCUUCAAGUCGUUGGAGGGAGUGCCUGUAGUUCCUGCUGCAGCUGUAGCCCCAACUCCCGCUGUUCCUCAACCCGUGCCUCCGCCCCUAUUAAAUGCGAAAGUUCCUGCUCCUCCGAUCGCCGCUACUCCCUUUGUUCCGGAGGUGCCCAUCCCAUCGAUGUCUCCAGUGUCGCCAGCGCAAAGUUCCUCCAUUUUUCCGGAGGUGACGUCGCCUUCCAUGGAUGUCUCUAGCAUAAUCACCCAGCGACUUAGUGCCAUUCGCCGCCUGCAGGACAACCCGGGGGACUCUGAGGCUCUGAAAAUGAUGUACAACGCGCAGCGCAACAUGUCGUCGUGGGCCAACUCAAAGCAUCUGCCCGGACAAUUCACAGGCAGCACGGGUGCCCAGGUGAUGAAGGCUCACGAGCUCAAUAGCGGUCCCCAGCUGUGGGUGCGCAAGGACCAAAUGACCUCCACUAAGCCGGUCACCGGUGGCAUGGGAAUGGCUCUGCUGCAGAAGAUGGGCUGGAAACCGGGAGAGGGACUGGGCAGAUGUAAAACCGGAUCCCUGCAGCCACUUCUGCUGGAUGUCAAGCUGGACAAGCGCGGCCUGGUGUCGCGCGAGGACCUGAAACCGCCGCCAGCACGACAGUCAGCCGCCCAACGGAGGAACAAAAACGCAUCCGGACCUGUUGGAGGCUGUGGAACUGCAGGACCGGGUCCAGGAUCGGGACCAGGUCAGGGAGCGGGGACAGGAACGCCACUAGUCACCCAGGACAAGCAUCCCGUGUGCGUGCUCAACGAAAUGGCCUCCAAGAACAAGUGGACGCCGCCACAGUACAAUCUUCGCCAGGACAUCGGUCCUGCCCACAACCGCUCCUUCCUUUUCAGCGUAGAGAUCAACGGACAGACUUACACGCCGGAUCGAGGAUGCAAUAACAAAAAGGAAGCUAAGCUGAACGCGGCCACGUUAUGUUUGCGAGCUUUAGGCAUCCUUCCGCCCAGUUAGUAGCGGGGCCUAGGGCUAGGAUAAUUUCUAGAUAGUAAGUAAACUAGCGUCCCGAAUCUGUACAUAAAAGUAGUGUUAAACCUCA